AGGUCGACAAAAUGCAUCAGUGCGCCGUCACCUCACUUCUGAUCUCUCCUUUCAUUUCUGGAUCCGCAUCCCUGAAAUACCGAUAACGAUCGAAAUGCCAUUUGAAUCUAAAUCUCUAUUUGAAUUUUCAUUCUUAUUCUCUAUAAUCAAAAAAUGAGGUACUUCAUGCGAAUGGUCCGUUCGUCGGAGAAAAGCUACAAAUUGCAUAUAACUUUGCUGGGUAUUUUGAGCAUUUUUGUGAUUGUGAAUCUUUGUCUAUUAUGCUAUGGAGAUAAGCAAAAAUAUCUGACUUUUCCAAUGACAACUAUAGUUUAUAAGGGAGGGCUCGGCAACCAACUUUUCGAAGUAUUAUCCUUACUUGGAAUCGCCCGGAAACUAAAAAGAAUAGCAGUUUUCAACUCGAGUGACCCAGUUCUCCAGUCAAAUUUGGAAUUUUUGAACCAAAAGCUUCCACGCAUCUCGGAGCAGGUUAUUUCUGUUCCCAUUGAGCCUUCCGAAACAACUCGAUUUGCAAUUUCCUCGGAUUGCUGUCGGUACGAGCUUUCUGAUAAUCAUUUGGCAGACGAGAGCAAGUUCCUUGUGAUUGAGGGCCAUUAUUUCCAGAGUUACAAGUACUUUGCCGACAUGAAGCUAUCCAUCAAGGAAUGGCUGAAGCCAGAAGAUCCAGAAAAGUUUAGGAUGAUGAUCAGCAAAACUGAGAGCCAGCGUCACAAAACUUGCGUUCACGUCAGACGAGGUGACUUUCUAACCGACGAGCAACACGCUGGAACCGAUAGCAACUAUACGAUCAGCGCGAUUGAUCACUUGCGAUCUUUGUAUCACGGAGUUAUCUUCAUAAUGAGCAAUGAUCCAAAAUGGGUGAAAGUUCAUAUUGCUGAUCAUCUGGAUUAUCAAAAAGACAUUCGAAUCAUGAAGACUCUGAUGGAGGACGCAAUCGAUGAUCUUCAUUUCUCACAAAUCUAUUGUGAUUCUGUACUGAUAACGGCACCUUCGUCUACAUUCGGCUGGUGGAUUGGGUACCUAUCAAAAAAUCAAUCAGCAGUGUAUUAUCGAGACAUACGGGAGACUAAGGAUCAGGUGCAACUUCAAAUGACCAAAGAGGACUUUUACCCGCCAACCUGGAACAAACUCGUAAUUCCAUAAACUUGCGUUUCCGUUGCAUGUUUUAUGAUCCUUGCAAUAAAUUAUUUAUGUAUUUA